AUGCUUGGGCAAGGCGCAUCGAAUCAGCCGGAUGCGCCGGCGCCGACACUUCAUCGGCCCGUCCCGAUUCAACCGUUGCGGCCGGAUUUGGGGCUCCACCCCAUCUCCCCGGCCUCUUCCGGAAUCGCCGACCCGUUCGGCCUCUAUCGGCUCUACCUGGCCCACCUCCGGCCGUCCACCCUCAGCCACGUCUUCCCGAAUCUUAGCUUGGCCUCCCAACUCAAAAACCAGCUCGCCCAGCAACAGGCCGCCACUUCUUCGCCCUCGACGACAGCAGCAAGUACACCGGUACCCAGGCUCGACUCUGAGAAGUUCUCGUGGAUCGCUCAGUACCAGCAUUCAAGCACGGACACGAGCCCGGCCCUUUCCACCCUCUCCUCCCCCGCCGAACCGUCGUUGUUCUCUGAACGCGCCCAAAACGACGCUGUCGAAACGGCAGACACUGUAGAAGAUGACGAAACCUCGUCCUGUGGCAUCUGCGGUGAUCGCUCCUCCGGCCUCCACUACGGUAUCUACACCUGCGAGGGGUGCAAGGGCUUCUUCAAGCGGACCGUGCAGAACAAGCGCGUCUACCAGUGCUCCGGCGGCCAAUCCGACUGUCCGAUCACGAAGGAACAACGCAACCGUUGCCAGUACUGUCGCUUCCAGAAGUGCUUGAGGCAAGGAAUGGUCAUUGAAGCCGUCCGCGAAGAUCGCAUGCCUGGAGGGCGCAACGGGUCCGCCAUCUACAGCAUCUACAAAAUGAAGUACAAGAAGUCGGGGCGAAAGAUCGGGGGCGAGUAUUCGCGGCGGAUCAGCUCCGGCUCGAACACCAACACCGACACGUCGUCGUCGACGGGCAGCUCGGGCAGGGCGAACGCCGUGAUCAGCGUCACUCCACUCCCUCCGACUUCUCAGGACGAGAUGUGCUCAUGGACAGCGCCGCAUUCUACGAGCCGGAAUUUGAUACAGGAACUGAUCGACAUCGACGGCAUCGAUCGCCUCAUCAACCUGAAAGGGCUGAAGAUUUCGAUGCGGGAUGAUGAGGAUUUGGCUCCUGCCACGCAACGACUCUCCCGGAUAGGAGACGAAAUUGUCGAGCAGCUCGUCGAAUGGGCCAAGCAGCUGCCCUUCUACGGGGAGCUGCCGGUAGAAGUUCACACUCAUCUACUCACGCAACGAUGGGCCGAGCUGGUGCUCCUCUCGGCGUGCUUCUACUCAACGUGCAGCGUCACAGAUGUGGCCGAGGAUUCGGCGGUUUCGGCGACGACGCUGGAUGAGAACGGCGAGGUGAGCUUCGUCGAUUCUGGAGUCAACAUCCGUCUGCUUCAAAAUCGUCUGAGCCAAGUGAUGCGCAAGGAUAUACCUCUCGAGCAUGUCAUGAAGGAAGCCGGCGCGCUUGUCGAGAAGUUCACAGCUCUCCUGAACACCUUCAGCAGGCUGAGAGUGUCUCCAGAAGCCUACGUCUGCAUCAAGGCCAUCGUGUUGUUGCAUUAUUCUACUGCUGACAUGGGUGAGGGCAGAGACGGCAUGAUCCGUAACGCGUUCGUGCGCCGCGUAUCGGCCAUCCAGGACCAAUUCGUGAAGGCUCUCCAGAUCCACCUCCUCCAGCACGAGAAUGGCCCCCGGCUCAGCGAUGUGCUCACCUGGCUGCCUCAACUGCACUCGGCCUCCUCGGUGCUGCUCCACUCGAAGAUGUUCUACGUGCCGUUCCUGAUCUGCAAAAACCCGGAGAAGCUCACCGCCCGCUCCCCCACCCCGACCUCAGAGGCCUCCGAU